AUGACUUCUGACUCGAAGGAGAUUUUGCCGGCUAAAAUCUCAUUUUUCCUUCUGUAUCUGGGUGGCUUCGGAAUAACAGAGACUCACAGUGAACGAAGAAUCCUAAAUUUAUGGAUGGUCUACACGGUUUUGAUGGUCACCGUGGGGGCCGCUACCAUCGGCUGUGAUUUGUACCACGAAUGGGGAUCCCUGGAAGGGAUGACGUAUGCUGGGAUCACUACCCUUGUGACUACGAUAAUCAGUAUAAAAUAUUUCACAACGCUGAUGAAGCGCCCAUGGUAUGUGAGGGUCAUGCGACUCGCACGGGACACACUGUGGGGACACGCUGAGACUGACUAUGAUAAGGCAGUGAUGAAAAAGUGUGAGAGACACGCACUGUUUUAUGUGACUGCUUUUGCGUAUCUCGCAGGUAGUUCGGGGGUUCUCUACAUCGUGGAACCCAUCAUCUAUAAUUCCUUGAAUAAUAUCACGGCACCGAGCGAUCGCAUGCUCAUCUUCAAAAUUUGGCAGGAUUGGCCAGUUUACGAAACACCGAAUUUUGAAAUGGUGUACAUUCUCCAGGCACUUAUCACUGUACAAUUGUGUGUUUUGUACUCCUGCUUCGAGAGUUUUCUCGUGCUUGCGAAUACCUUCAUCACAGGACAAUUCAGUAUUCUCAGAUACCGAUUGGAAGUUUUAUACAGUCAUCAAUUAAUCGAUAGAAUCACCAGUAGUUACAUGGAGAGUGGAGAAAUGGACGGAGAGAAGAAUUCUUUGGCCUUUGUUUCUCAAGAAUUCAAGAAUUGCAUCAGACAGCAUCAGUUUCUGAUUUCUGUCACAGAAGAACUUGAGGGAUUGUACACAAUAAUCAAUUUGGCAUCAGUCUUGAUCCACAGUACCCUGAUCUGCCUGUGCGGUUAUCAAACGAUUAUGCCAGGGAAUGCAUUGGUGAGACGAAUAAAGUGUACGGUCUUCGCAGCAGGAUGCAUAAGUCAACUAUUCUUUUUCUCAUUUACCUGCACCAACCUCACCCUGGGGAGUCUCACUGUCGGUGAUGGGCCUUACAACUCCGCUUGGUAUAACGAAAACUCGUCUGAGAAGGGUCGAUCGCUCACAAAAGAUUAUUCAAUCAUGAUCAUGAGGGCCCAGCGCCCCUGUAGGCUGACGGGAGGUGGCUUCUUCUAUGUUACAUUGGAUACAGUGAAAUCGGUAUUAACCACUGCUUUUUCAUAUCUAACGUUGAUAAGACAAUCUUCUAUGAAUUGAUGGUUCUGGUGGCGAUCAACGUAACCUACUGGAAC